AUGAACUAUACUAAGGAAAAUGCAGAUGUUGAGGAAGGCGACAAAGACGAUAUCUUCUUUAUUGAGGACUCCAGUAGUUCAGACGGCGAAGGAGAGAUCAAGUUCAGUCACCAGAAACCUCACAGCAGCUGCAAAGAAGCUGCACUGCUCAGCAGGGAAAGCUCUCCUCCGCUCCUCCUGGCAUUCAACAUCAGCCCUGGGCGGGCGCUGCACAGCAGGACGAGUCCUACUUCCAGUUUGGACUUACAGGAGGAGCAGGGGGAGGAGGACAGUGACCAGCCCAUCGAGGAGUGGAUGAUCCUGGGAAGAGAGGAGCAGGUGGGAGACUCAAGCAUCCAGCUCAACCUGAGCUACUGGAACAGCUCUGAGGAUGAUUCUGGAGAUGAAGAUCAGAAUGUGAAACCAGUUAAGGAUACCUGGGCUGUAUCAGAGAAAGAUAAGUGGGGUGCUGAUCAGUCUCUGCCCAGCCGCUAUUUUGUGCCUGGUCGUUCUCUGAUCUGUAACGUCUGCAACAGGACGGGACACCUUGCCAAAAGCUGCUACUACCACAAGAAAUGUCCCACCUGUGUACUCUGUGGGAUCCAGGGCCACAUCCAGAGGGACUGUACGGGUCGCCCCUGCCCCACCUGUGGCCUGCCUUCGCAUGGCUUCACGCCCUGUGAAAGGCCCCCGGUGUGGAACCAACACUGCCAGCGCUGUGGGAUGACAGGGCACCUCUCUGAUGCCUGCCCUGAUACAUGGAGACAAUACCACUUGACAAUCCGGUUAGAGGUUCCCCUCAGGCCAUGGACAGUCCACACCCUAAAACCUAAGAAAUGCCCAGCUCAUUGUUACAACUGCUCUGAGAGGGGACAUUAUGGUUAUGAGUGCACUAAGAGGAGGAUGGUCAGUGGAACUUCUCCUUCACUGCCCUAUGUUUGCCACUAUGACACCAUGGAGGACAUCCUCCAACGUUGUACCAGGAUGCAGAGAAGAGCCAAAGAGCUUGUGAGUGCCGGAUCACUGCCUCUCUCCGACCAGCAGCAUUUGCCUGAACGAACAGGGGAGAGCGGUGAGGAGAAUCAGCCAGUCCAGGGGAGGAGCAGGACAAAGGAGACAUGUAGCCGAGCUGGCAGGAGGAAGACGUGGCCAGAGAGGCGCAGAGAGAGACGGGAGGUGAAGAGGCUGAGGAGAGAGGCUCAAGCCAGACGAGAGGGAGGACUACUGGGGAGAUCCCAGGGGAAUUUUGAUGAUGAAGUUUGCCCUGCUGACCCCUUCAGGUCCCUGCUCCACAGAGAGUCCACACCCCCUCCGCAGAUGAGGAGGAGGGAUGAGGCGGGUGGCAGAAGGAGCAGGAAGAGCAGAGAGGCAGAGAGGUGGAAGAAGAGAGGAGGGAUAAAACAUGGGGAUUUAUAUCCCCAUGGUGACGUAGACAUUGGUAGUGAAAACCUUCUUUCCCCAAAACAAAGAGUACGCCACAGAAGAAGAUAAAGUAUUUAUUUUAAUUGUUUAAUUGAUAAAGGCGUAACAAUUGUAAUUGGAUAACAAGAAAAUUAUGUUUAUCUGUCUGUGAUUGAUUGAUUUAUGUAUUGUCAACAGAAAACUGUAGAAUUGCAUGUACAGUUGAAGAAUGCUCAUCUUCAGUGUAACUAGUAUGAAUGUAGUUUAGCCUUGUUCUGCAAGUACAUCUGCUACUAUUACACUGGCUGUUUGAUUUUUAUGCAUGUACAGUUUUCAAGAUACAGUAUUUUGGAAUAUGUUUUUACACACUGCCUGCUUCUUUGGCUGUAUGUAUGGUGUUAUGGGGGGUGAUUUGUUAUGCUAGUUUUACAGUAACAUAUCAUUGUCUGUCAUUACACAAUACUUGAAAUCAGGUCAAAGGCACAGAACUUUGAUUGGCAUUUGUAAAGAGUAUAUUUAUAAUGUAAAGACAACGACAAUAAAUAUGAAUUUCCAGAUA